GAAUGCUAAACGUAAUUAGCGAUUAGCUCGCGCUAGCUUACUAACAGUUGUUUACACAUGUUAAGCUGUAGUAGCCUCACGUUACUUGUUGUGCUAAAUGUGUGUUACUGUUGCUUGCUAUGUGAACUCGAAAUGAGCUCAUGGAAGGUAUAGAGACGGUCGAUAUGACUGGUUAAAAGACGUGUAUGUAUGUUCGCCAGAGUACAGGACCAGAAUACACUUCUUGGACCUUGUUUGCCCUCAGAGCUGGGUCAUAACCUCCUUAUUACCCUCCCAUCAUCUACACACCCAUCACACUUAACUGAGGACGAACAGUGAUGGGUCGAGUUGAUCACCGUCAGGACGCCAGAGAAAUUCAUCAAUGUGACAGUGGGUGGAAGUGUCCUCCUCCAAUGCAUGUUCCUGACCACCCCUGAGACCACCAGCCUCACCAUUCAGUGGGAAUUUGUUUCUUCGUCCUCCUUAAAGCUUCAGCAGGUCUAUUAUUAUCAGGCAGGAAAGGAUUUCAUUCCAGAAGUGUACAGGGACAGGAUUCAGCCUCCUUCCUCUCCCGGCACGACCAGAAACGCCUCAAUAAUAAUAAGCAACAUGCAGCCGACAGAUGGUGGCGUGUACACGUGUGACGUUCACAACUUUCCUGACGUGGACGGACAGUCCCAGGCCAGUGUCGUUGUAAAUGUGCUUGAGAGACCUUCUGCUCCUUACUGCUCCGUCCACGGUGACGUUGAAUCAGGUCACCUGGUCACUCUGACCUGCCACAGUGAGCGGGGAAGUCCAACUCCUGUGUACACUUGGACCAGACUGGACCAGACAAAGACCAGGAGGCCUUUACUCGGGAUAACAACUACAAAUGGAGUGUUGAGAUUCAGCAACAUAUCCCAGUUUGAGUUUGGAGAGUACCAGUGCAACGCGACCAAUGUGGUGGGCUUUUCAACUUGCUCAGUCGAGCUGAGUCCUGACGUGGCAGAUGGAGUGAUAGCUGGUGCGGUGAUCGGUGCAUUGCUCGGCUGCGUCCUGAUCAUCCUGGCUGUGUGGUUCAUAGUUCACACCGUGAAGGGGCGCAGAUAUAAAGCAGUGAAGGCGUCAGAAGCCGCAGAGAUGAAGAGGAGCUCUCACCCAGCCCAGGAAGCCGCAGAGAUUGUUCCUGUGGCAACUGCAGCAGGAAACAUCCAUGCUGUGGAAGACGAGCCACAAGCCUAGGAAAGGAGCGAACGUGACUAAUCUGAACAAUAGCGUGUCCAUGGGUUUCAGUCUUUAGAGCGUGUCGUUGUCAGAUCUGAUGAGGCCUGUUGUUGAGCAUCGUUUUCUGACCAGAAAUUCAAUUUGAGUUUUGUAACUCAAACAUGCCCCCACACACAAAUGUACAUACAGUAUAUUAAAUGUCCGUAUACAGUUUGAAAUAUUUACAAAUGAGAUAAAAUCUAUAUAUAAUAAAGUAAAUGUAAAUGAACAUAUACAGUAUCAGAUUCAGUUCAUUUACAAACUCAAUUUCUAGGCAAUUGCGAUAAAACCUGUUGAACCUGUGAAAGUACAAAAAUGUGUUUUCUUUGUACAGUUCAUAGGAAAUCCAAAGGGCUCUUUCUGUGGCACAGUCAAACGUAUACACUUAAUGCAUAUCAACCUGAUCAAAGCAUCAUGUCAGCCGACAACAACCCUUGCCAACCUUAUUUAGAACGCCAUAAAGCGCCAUAUUUAACCACAGCUGCAGUAAAUAAACUAGAGAUCGUAAAUGAUUUGUUUAGCUGAAUUUAGUGGCAGUUUCAUUUCCCUAGAAAGAAAUCAUUUAGAGACGAGGAUAUAAAUGCAGUUUGGGCACGUCAUUUUUGAAGUGAUGAGCGUGACUGAUUCAGGCUUUGGUGAUGGUUUUUAUAAUAAAGACAAGGAAA